CUCUCAUCCAACUAAAAGAGAUUUUUUUUUUCAACUUUCCCAAAAAUAAAAGCAAGAGAAACAGAAGCAAGAGAGAAUAUUAUUUGCUCUUCUUCUGUGUAUUGUUUUACAGGUUCCCAGAUUUUCAGACAGUCGAACCACAUGAAUCAAAUUGACUCGGAUGUCGACUCUAAUGGUGCUGGUAAAGGAAAAGAGCCGAGGGUAAUAUCUCCGGGAGGAUCCAAGACCGAAGAGAAGCAAAGUCAGGGUGUUACUAAUCAGAUUGACAAGGGUCAAGAUGGUAGACAGCAGCCUCAUGGAGAAGUGAACAUGGAAGCUUCCAUAUCAGAAGAAGAUGUGAUAAGAGCUGGAGGUUUUGGUGCUAAAGACGACAUUGGAAGCUUCCUUCCCGUGGCAAGUGAUUCGACUGACUUUGAAGAAUCACUCCGCUCUGCACGUGACUACGAAGAAGCUCAAGAGGAGGUUCAAAGACCUGGUCUUGGCUGGCCUAAAGAGUAAAAUCUUGUCCUCGUUGGCUUGGCUUCAAUGCUCAUGCUUGUUUAGUUCUUGUUUUUUUUUUUUUUUUUUGUAAAAGGGCAUUCAAAUUUAAAAACAUAGGAACAUACAAAUGUAUGGUUAAAAAACCAUAAGUUUGAGAAAGUAUAAUGAGACAAGCCUCAUAUUUAGCUAAGAAA